GUGCCCCGUGGGGUAUUCCCUAUAAUGGCCUGUAAGGGGAGACUCCGCUCGAAAGGCGUACUUUUUCAGUACGGUAAGGAAAUAUGUUGUUUAGGUAUUUAAAAGGGCCUUUCGAACAGAUGCACCUUUUAGCUGUAUCUGGUAAUUCUCGAUGUUCUUCUGCAAUAUUGUUCAUCAGCUUCAUUCUAAGGGUUUAGAAAAGGGAUGCAGUCAGUGUUCUUUAGAGAUUAUGUGAAAGGGGUAACUUGUUUUCAAUAAAAGGUAUACGAAAGAGGUUUUCUGUCAAAAUGUUAUACAAAAGGGUAAGGGGUUGGAUCUCGAGGCAGAGCCUACUGGGUACCCCCCGAGUCGAUGCUAGGAGGAUGCUAAGCUGUAUUUUAAAAUUUUAACUCUUCCAUUAGUAAAGGCAAAUUACUGAAAAUGAAAUUAAUCUGCAGACUUUUCAGUACUGAAUGAUCUUUAUUUCAUUAUUUUUCCUUAUUCUUGUGAUAAUAACAGUAAUGUUCAUCCUUUGGAACACUUUUAAUACAUCGUUUGAAUCGUUUAUUCGUUCCCAAGCAUUGCACGAGCUCAGAUGUGCUGUCAUUGAAUUGAUGAAUUUUGCAGAAGUUACUGUUCUCCAACACCUUCGAUUUACAUUGAUUCUGGAACCGAUUUAAAGCCUGACACGUCGACAAGUGAAUCUGUUCUUCCACAGUGCGUGCUCUUCGUUGAAUUUCACGUUCCUUUUGUCUCCUGUUCCUCUUUUUGUGGAGUUCAGUCAGCCUUGCUUGCUGUCUUCUGAAACCUUGAAUUUUAUGUACAUUUUUCACACCAAAGGGCUGUUGUUUACGCUUCCCUAGUUUCUUUCUGUAAAACAUUUCUUUCCAAUACCUCCUUUUCUUUUGGGAUUUGUUCGGUAAUCCACUGUUGUGUUGUUUUGAAUUAUUUUUCGUUGGUGAAUUCAUCCGCCACUUUUACUGACUGAUUCAACCAGGCGCAGAUGAAGAGUAGAGACUGGGGAUGAAUUUAGUUUUCUCGUUCCCAGAGCCCACUUCAUUCAAAGAGAGAGCAUGGCUGCUCAUGGUACUGUUCGUGGAAAGCAAGUCUUUUGCGAUGUGUGUGAAGUCACUUUGCCUUCAGCCUCAUUGUUGCCGACCCACAAUAAAGGGAAAAAACACCAAAGGUUGUUGAACUUGAAACAGGAGAGAGAGAGCUCAUCUAGAAAGAGUAUUUACGUUCGGGGUUUUCAGAACUCUGGAUCCAUUGAAGAAGACUUGGCUAAAUACUUUAAUGCUUAUGGAAAGGUCUCAAACAUAUUCUUGGACAAAGAUAAGGGAGUAUUUGCUAUCGUGGAGUUUGCUGAUGAAGAAAGCGUAACUGCCGUACUGACUCUGGAAUCCCUACCUCUCUUUAAUGGCAAACGGCUAACAGUGAAAGAAAGAACUGUAAAUAAAGCAGCCCUUCAGGUUAAGGUGCAAAAAUCAAGGAAGCGUAAACGCCAUGACUCACAACAAGACCCAGAAGGCCAGCAUGAUAACAAAGAGAUGGCUUCAUUUUUGUCUGAGGAUCUCAUGACCAAACUCAAGUCAUCUCCUACAGUUGAGGAACAAUUAAAUUUGUUGAUGCAGCACUUGUGUUUAACUGAUGAGGACAUCAAGUUAAGAAGGCUGGUUUGUCAACUGUUACAAGAAGUGUUUGCUGAAGUGUAUCCUGGUGCAUCAGUGGUACCUUUUGGUUCUACUGUUAGUGGGGUUGGCUGGAAAGGAAGUGACUUGGAUGUCUGCUUACUGACAAGUGUUGCGCCAUCUCAGUGUGAAGAGACUGGUGUUGAUUACUCUUUAGUUAUUGACAUGUUGCGUAGCUUUGCUCCAGGCUGUACAAACAUCAUACCAGUCUUGACUGCUAAAUGUCCUCUUGUCAAGUUCACACACCAGCCAUCUGGCCUGUCAUGUGAUCUGUCUGUGAAUAACAGGCUUGGUGUUGCAAACUCUGAUUUUCUUCACUGCUACAUGUCCCUUAAUCCCAGGGUCCCUCAGCUGGUGUUUAUUGUGAGAGCCUGGGCAAAAGCCAAGGCUCUCACUGCCGGAAGACAUUUGACAAACUAUGCACUGACCCUCAUGGUGUUGUACUUCCUGCAGACACAGAACCCAGCUGUUAUUCCCUCCUUGCAGCAGGGAUUUGACUCAUGGAUAAAAGAACAAUCAAAUUCAUGUAACAAUGAAAGUUAUGGCCACCAUGAGUCGCUUGUUCAAGAGCUUGAGUCCAAGAUGAUUGACAACUGGAACUGUUCAUUCUUCGCAGAUGUUGCCAGACUUUCUUCAUCAAGUAACAACAAAAGUCUGAGUCAGCUACUGGAGGAGUUCUUUUACUUCUUUUCAACUGACUUUGACUUUGCUAAUUGUGUGGUCAGUAUAAGACAUGGUCAUAGCACGAGCAUUACGUCAGUGUUAGAGGAGUUAAAGGGUGCAGAUUAUUUGAAAACAGCUGAGGGCAGAAGCUCUGUCACAAUGAAGGAUGACCCAACUUGUGAAAAACAAUCAACAAGUGAAAUUAUUUUAUUAACGGAAAAAAUUACUGAACAACAGAACAUUCCACCAAGUUCCAGUAUUACAAGUUCUCAAAGUGGUUCAGGGAGCAGCAAGCGAACAGAGUUUAAGGUCUCUCCUAUGUGUGUUCAGGAUCCAUUUGAACUUGUACACAACUUGACGCAGAACAUAACUGUUUCAGCACUGAAACAUAUUAUUGAAUUGAUGAAAACCGCCCAUAGGAUUUGCACCAAUCUUAAUGGCAGUGGUGAUAUUCCAAGUAGCAAUACAAGCAAACUGCUUCAUUUGUUGACAGUUUGUCGAUAUUCCAAGAAAAGAAAGAGUUCUCACUGCCACUCUUUCUUUGUUGAGUAUCAAAACAUCAGUCUGCAAGCAUUUGCUGGAUCACGCAAUGUCAAGUUAACUACACCCGGGGAAAUUUUUGUUUUUAUUAUAGAUUCUUUAGAAAGAGAAUUUGGAUUCAAAUGUAAAAAGAAAUCACGCAACAGUGAAAAGGAUUCAGACUCAGCACAGGCCACCCAACCAGUCAAAGUGUCACAGGCAUCCCACUUUCUUGAAGAUGCCCCUGCAGGACGUUGUACAGACAAUGGAAAGAACUCUAAUGCCUUUGAAGAGAGAGAUCAAGCUAGAAAAUCAGAAGAAAAUGAUCAAAUUGAGGAUAAUUUAUCAGCCAUUUGCACUGCUUUUGAGAAUACAUGGACGCAUUGUCGCAGAGAAAGACGCAAAUCAUUACAACCUCAGAGACUGCAAAGAAAUGACAAGGGGGAAACUGCUGGAGAAGAUUCAUUGCUGGAAGACAAAUCAGAGCAAAUGUAUCCAGGGAAAUUUGGGGAGCCCACACUUCAGAUUUCAUCAUCCUGUCAGCAACCUGAAAAGUUUGCAAAUGUCCCCAUGGUUGCCUCUCCGCUUCUUAUUUUUCAGCUGACUGUCAACAGUUCACCUGGAAAGGACUCGAAAUGUGGUUGUACUGUCUCAAUGGAGCAUGCUGAAAGUAGCGACUUCCAGCUGUUUGGGAACUUCUUCUCAGCUUACAAGAAUUACUUCAUGGGCUUGAUGAUAAAGUAAACAAAUAGCUUGUUACACUUCACUUCUGGAGUGCUGAGGUUCAUUGUUAAAAAAUAUUUCCAAAUUUAUACUUUUGGCAGUUAUUGAACGUCAUACAAAUAGUACCAUUGACAGAUCUUCUGAAUAGCUUUAGUAUGAACCCUAUAAAUAUCAUCCUUGUCCUUUUCGAACGCUUUCCGGAUAGUAAACUUCCCUUCUGUCCUCUUUGCCAUGUUAAAACAGGGUUCAACCAAUUAUAAAAGGCGCUUUAUCGAGAAAAUACGGCAAGUAGAAAUUUUCGUAGUCUUAACUGACAGAGGAUUGAAACCCAGAUGUUGUAUAAGCCGCCAUGAAACCUUGCUAAUAAUCUCUCUUCCAAUCCGACUGGAAGCAAUGGUCACAUGAGUGACCAUCGCUCACGCGGAUAAAUAACUUCAUAUGGACAGGUCAUAAAUAAACAUCACGAACGAUUACUACACGGAUCAGGACGUGACUCCUUUCAAACACAAGAGUGCCUUCUCAAUAAAAACAAACAACGCUCAAUCCAUAGAAAAAACCAAGGAGUGGAUGAAAGGCAUAGACAACUAAAAGGAACUAAAUCAUCAGGAACGAAUCCUCCAGGGAAACAGAGUUGGAUACGCGCAU